AUGAGUCUCUUUCUUUCAUCAGUCACCAAAUCAAGUGGGGGAAAGAAGAUCUUACUGUCCGCUAACCAGCAUCUUGUAAAGCAAACCAUGAUCCUGCAAUCAUCAUCAUCAUCAUCAAAAGGCUUGCCAAUGAUGUCCUCAUCUUGCACAAUGAUGAAAUCCGCCUCCUUUUCUUCCACUACCGGCACGAAAGACAAGGCUCCCGAAGUAACUCAUACCAAGAAUACAGAGCAGCAGCAACAGCAACAACCUACACGUCGUCGCCGCAAACGCCGCAUCGCCGCUGUUGAUGGCACCGUUCCCUCCUACAAGGAAUUUGUCCACAAGUUUACCGUGGUUACCUUGUAUCGAGACUUUUUAAAAGCUGUCAAUUUAAUGCCCCACAACAAGGAAGAGUUAAUAGAACAAGUCAAGUACGAAUUUCGUUCGAACCAAAGGGACAAUGAUCCCUUUCAAGUCCAACGAGCCUUGGCCGAUGGCAAACGGCGGUUUCAGGAAUUGCAAGAAAUGACCGGUUACAAGAAACAACUGGAUGCGGAUUCUUGGUUGAACAUUAGAGAUGUCGAAGAUCCCCGAGGCCGUGUCGGAGAAGGAUGGCCAUGGAGCAAGUAA